AUCGAGGUCAUCAAUGAAUGAUGUGAUGCAUCGGUCGCAGAUCGAUUCGACUAAACUUUCGUAAUCCCUACUGUCAGCUCUGCCACGACGCGCCGCCGCUCCCCAGCGGGCAGUUUCUCAUGGCAAAUCAUUCAUUAUGGGCCCGACUUCGACCAUUUCGAAGGCCGCUACUCUUCAAUAAGGUGGCGCUCCGAAUCCAAUCGCAUCCGAGAAUCCACUCCGUCAACAGCCGGUGGACUCGAUACAAGUCAUUCCGCCAGCACCGAUUUCUCGGAGACUUCACGUGGUAUUCCUGGAUCUUCUUAACAUGGGUUCCAGUAGUCGUCUUCUUCAAUGCGAAUGUGAUGGAGCUUGCGUUCAUCAAUGGUCCUUCCAUGUACCCUUUCAUGAACGCCGAAAAGGACCAGACCACGGCCCCAGACGUAACAGUCGCUUGGAAGUGGAAUGCCCAGCAUAACUUGGCCCGAGGGAUGAUCGUCUUAUUCUGGAACCCAAGGAAGCCAGAGAUAACCGUCGUGAAGAGAGUCGUGGGACUCGAAGGCGACAUCAUCACAACGCGACCUCCGUAUCCAGCUCUCGUUAUCAGAGUACCGCCUGGCCAUAUCUGGGUUGAAGGAGAUGGCGGGGAACGGGACAGUAUAGAUAGCAAUGUCUAUGGACCCAUUGCGACAGCUCUGGUCAUUGGAACAAUUCCCUUCGUACUAAAACCACUCCACAGAGCUGGCUGGGUGCGAUGGUGGGAGCAUCCGGUGAACGGGAGAGUGAGGCAUCGAAGCUAAGAAGAAAAUGAAAAAAAAAAUAUUAACAAUAUUACGAACUUCCAUGUCUAGCUCCUAAGCACCUUUAUCGGUGAUUGACUGUUUAAUCUUGUGUGGCAAAUUGUGCCGGGAAAGGUACAGAGUAUGAAGUAUAUGCUUGAAAAAUUCCCCAAACGCCUCUUUGAAUUGAUAACUUGGCAC